AUGGGACUCACUGACGACUUCGACGAGGAUGACCGUCCCCAGUUCUGGUACAAGGACGAGACGGCGACAAUUCUGGCUGAGCAGUUGCUAGACGGUGUGACGGAAGAUAGCAAGAUUGCUGUUGUCUCUGCACCGAGUGUGUACAUUCAGUUGAGAAACUUGNNCUUAGUGACCCCNAGCCUCAAGGGCUCCUUCGACAGAAUCAUCUGCGAUCCUCCAUUCUUGAACGAGGACUCUGCACUCACUGUCCGCUGGCUGGCCAAGACAUGGGAGGCUCCUCUCAGACUCGUUCAAUGCACUGGAGAACGUAUGGAGUCGCUGGCUCACAGGUUGUACGGCAAGGCCGGCAUGCGCACCACGACUUUCCGUCCAGAGCACUCGAAGGGCCUGAGCAACGAGUUCAGAUGCUACGCCAACUUUNNGGAGUGUGAUGCGUGGAAGUUUGAGCCAUGA